AUGAGUAACAUUUGUGAUUCCACUCCCUUUGUACCUCUUUACAAAAAAACCUACUUCAUCCACAAAACCAUAAUCAGAAAUGAUAUGGAUUCGCUGAAGCAUAUCCUUUCAGAUGGAAGGAGGGAUACGAUCAACGACUUAGAUUACUCUGGAAGGACGCCGUUCCACGUGGCUCUUCAACAAGCAAACCCGAAGGCGUUGUACCUGCUGUUGUACUACCCGUUGUUGCACCCAUCUAAAAUGUUCGCAACAAUGGACUGGACAGAUUUGUUGGACUCGUUGUCACUCGAACAGAAUGUGCCAAGCACAUCAGAUAAUAACACGCUCCAUCAUAUAAAAAAGGAUCCACCAACCCUGGAGCAAGUAAGCGACAACAGGCAUAAUAGAUCAACCAGAUCGGGGUCGUCAGACCCACUUGAUGUGAAUAGCCUAUCCUCAGUAGGGAGAGCGUUGGUGAAUCACUGGGAGAAGAACCCGGGAGAUUAUCUACACUCGUGCCUAUCGCUGGAUGAAAGAAGCCAAAUGAACGGAUGUGGAGUGAAGGAAGUAGAAAACCUGUACGAGCAGCAUUAUAAGUUCCUGGCAGGAGAGCCGCAUAACCUGGAAAAUGCAGCCAAAGCAUACACAAAAAAGUACCUGAGGUUGUAUUACCCAUCGUACUUUAAAGCAAUAUCGAGAGAAUGUUCAAUGACGACGAGGUCAGACUCGUCAAAUUCAAUGACGUCGGUGGAUUUGUUGAUUGAGAUGCAACCUGAAGCGUCAGGAGAAAAGGUAGAACAGAGUCAUUCAGAAGAAAGUGGAACGACGCAGGGAGAAAGUAAUACGAAUCACACCUCGGAUAACGGGUGUAACAAGGAAAGGAGCUGCAUGGAUAAGCUGAUAUCGAUGAUGGCAAUGCAGACGGUGGAGAAGCUGAAGAAGGGAAGGAUAGAGCUGGGAACAGUGGACCCAGUAGCAACCUUCGAUAAAACGUCGCCACUGCACCUGCUAUUCUCAAACGUGUACAUCGCAACGUACAGGCCGAACAUGCUUAAGUGUUUUAGAAUACUAAUCUACUACUUCAACAAGUCGAAGGAGUUCAGUAGAAUGUACAGGACGCUGGACUACACAAUGUACUUCAACGCACAGUCGAUCAACAAGUGCCUGGACCUGUACCGCACGCAGAGAAGUAAGCGCAACAGACCGAAGAAUGAACAGAAGGAAGUGCCUUCUAAGAGGUCGAAGGAGUCGGAGGGGCAACUGACGCACCAGAUGCUGACGAGGGAGCUGAUCAUAGAUGCAAUGGAGGAGGACGUGGAGACUUUGAGAGAAGACUCAGAGAAGGAGAUCCCGAUUUCCAUGAGGAAUAGGACAGUCGCAGGAAAAUACCCAGACGCAAGGGCCAUUAACUUCCCAAAUAACACGAUGUGCAUUGACGCGACGGAGCUGGCGCAGAGGAAAGAAAGAAGGAACUACGCACUGCUUAACUCGAGUCAGUCGCAAACGUCGGAGCUGGAGUCGUGCAACUACACGCUGGUGGAACCGGGCGACAGAAGGCAGUUCGCACUGCACGACAUGAUCCUUAACUCAGUGACCUGGGCGAAGCCGCACGUGUCCUGGGAGACCUUCGUGAAGAGGCCGGAUUUCAGCAGAAGCACGAUACUGCACAGAGUGUGUAACCUGAAGGACCACAACAUGAUCAGGCUGGUGCUGAGCUGCGGCUUCUCGCCAAUCGUAGUUAACGAGGCAGGAGACAUGCCAGUGCACAUGUCGGUGGACGCGAAUGACCCCUACGGCUUCCUGACGAUACUGCACAGCACUCUGAAGGAGCUCUUCUACUCGAGGUUUAACCCGCGCAACUACGACAUCGAGGUCUUCUUCGAGGAGGUGGCCUCGACGAAGGAGGGAGGAGCCACGGGGUCUGAGGGAGGAGAGGAGGGCACGAGCAAUAAGCUGUCGAACGAGUUCUACAACAUGUACAUGGGCCACCUGUGCCACAACUUCUUCAAAAUGAGGGAGAACGUCAACGAGAGUUUCUACAGGACGAUCGACCACACGAAGUUCACGGCGCUCUCAGCAAUGAUGGACCGAGAUAAGCUGCAGUUACUACUCGACGAGUUCCUGCUGCUCUUCGAGCAGCUGACCUACCGCUGCAUCAAGGCGUGGGCAUGGGAGUGCCUGAUCGCACUGCUCUCCUACAACUCAGUGAUCACCUACCACCUGGUCUCGAACCCGUGCUUCAUGCACAGGUUCCUCAACUUCGCGAACAUGAACAACAACUGCGACGAAUUCCUCAACAUCGUGGAGUUCGUGCUCACGAACGCGCUCUUCGACACGGUGAACACGAGGGAGGCGUCACCGGUGCGGCAGGAAAAAACGCAGCCCCCGACGCAGGUGAAAGGUAGGACGGUCAAAAGGGAUCCCUUUAAAGGCUGCGGAAUACCGCACCUGCGACUGCGCUCGUUCGGACUGCGGCAGUGUUUAAAGCCGUUGAGAGGAUCAGGCGGGCCAAUAUUCAUGGAGGACGACACGCUGGCGAGACUCAUCAGAAACUACAAGGGGUCGACGAGCUGCACCGAAGGAGCGCCGAAGACCUGGGUCAUCACGCACCCGACCUGCCUGCACCACCUGGCGACGCCGGAGCCGACGGACGCGCCGAACAAGCGCCACAGGCUUAUCGUGACGUACCCGGAGAACCCGACGAGGCUCGAGGUUAUCAUAAGCAACGACAACGGGAUCCUGAGGAGCGACACGCUCGAAAACGUGAAGCUGGUGCACUCGCCACCACCAGCAUCGCUGGCAGACAUCCUGAGGGUGCACGACUGGGGCUACAUAGACAAGCUGCUGGAGCAGGUCCAGGUGGCGCAGAAGCGGUGGGCGACGAACCCGUACUGGCCAGUGCUGGCGGACGGAGACACGCCGGUGACGCCGCACUCGUGGUCGGCGGCGCUCUACGCGGCGGGGUCAGUGAUCAGCGCAGUGGACGCGGUCUGCACGAACAUGUGCAAGAACGCCUUCUGUGCAGUGAGGCCGCCGGGCCACCAUCUGGGCACCUGGGGAGGAGCACAGUCGAGUAACUUUGAGGACGAGGAUUUCGCAGCCGGGUCGCAAGGGUUUUGUCUGGUAAACAACGUGGCAAUCGGAGCAGCGUACGCAAAGUACAUCUACGCAAACAAGGGUAUACGGAGAAUAGCAAUCGUCGACUUCGACGUGCACCACGGAAACGGAACGGAGCAGGUGGUAAGGAACAUAGGCCCGAAGAACGUUAAGAUAUCCUCUAACUCCUCGGAUUCGAGCGACGCGUCGCAACCGCGAACAGAGUCAGUGCAGAAAAAAUGGUUCGGAUGGAGAGAUGAAAACGACAGAGACGACGUGCUGUUCGCGUCAAUACACGCGUACGACGGGAUCUUCUACCCGGGUACAGGACAGCAGUGCACACUGUACCAGAAGGAGAACAGCGCUAACGUGAUAAACGUGGCAGUGCCGCAGGGCACGUCGUCAGCAGAGUUCAGAGCACUCUUUGAAACGAAAAUAUGCCCCUACGUGUACCACUUUAACCCGGAUCUGAUAUUCAUAUCAGCUGGGUUCGACGGACACUACAGAGACUCAGUGAGCUACGGCUUCACGAGGUACACGGAAAAGGACUUCAACUACGUCACGGAGAGACUGGUGACGAUCGCAAACAGCGUGUGCGAAGGAAGAGUGGUGAGCGUGCUGGAGGGAGGCUACAACACGAAGCUCAACACGCUCUCGCCGUUCGCAAGGUCAGUGCUGGAGCACGUGACGGCGCUGUGCAACACGAGGAAGGACACGAUGUACCCGUACAUGUUCGGAGAAAACUCGAUCAACUACCUGCUGUCCUCAGUGAUUAAAACGACGUCGAAGACGGAGGAGAGCGCGAGCUCAGAGGCGAAGCACAACGAGGAGAUGCUGUCAAACCUGAACUACAAAUUGAACACCCUGACGUCAAGUGGAGAGAAGGCGGCGAGCGCACAGCCGCCGCCAGCAGAGCAGCCGAAGAGCACGGCGGCGCGCAAGAAGAACGGGGACGCAGUGUUCAACGCGUACAGGAUAAGGACGAAGACGGAAAUGCUUAUCGCGAAGGUGUACUCGAUGCAGCUGAGCUGCUGCAAGCAGGCGCGUCUGCUGAAGCUGGACAAGACGCAGAUGUGCUGCAAGUCGGUGGUUGAGCUGUGCGGCAACCAGUUCCUGUCCUUCUACUCGAGGUACUUCUACUCGCUCUUCGCAGCCUCAAACAGCACGACGACACUGCCGAGCGUCCUCGGAAGGAGCGCGAGCAGCGUAGCUGGAAGCCCAAGCGGCAAUUACAGCGAGCACGCAAACAGUAGCAGCAGCAGCAGCAGCCCAGAAGCAGCCAGGAACACUGUAAAAGUAGAGUCAGAUUUAGGAAGAAAACAUUGUGUAAACAAGGAUAGUGGAGAUAUCACGACCAGCAUGAGUAAGGGCGAACGCAUAUCAGAAAAGGCUAGAGAAACCACUGGUGGCAACAACGCCACUAGUACAAACCGUAACAGUAAUGGGAACACUAGUAGUAACAACCAUGACCAGUACACUAGUAGUAACAACCAUGACCAGUACACUACUAGUACGAACAGUAACCAGUACACUACUAGUACGAACAGUAACCAUUACAACUCCAACGGUAACGAGAACGCCAGUAGCAACGAUCAACAUUAUGCUCAAGGGCAAAAGGAGGAUAACAGGCCACAAUCAGGGCAGAAAAUAGAACAACAAAGCAGAGACCCUUUGAAUAUCACCACCAGCAGCGUUAGCGACAGCAGCACAGGCGACGACGGUUCAGCUGCACAGAAGAACACCUUACCCAGUAACCCGUUUAACAGCCCCUAUGAAAACCAGAACUCGGAAGAGGACAUAGAGAACAUCGUGACAAGUCUGAAGGUGAUGAGGGACGUCAACGAGUCAAACAACCUGACGACCAGCAACCCGUGGCUGGCAUCGGUGAAGCUCAGAGCGCUGGAGAAGAGCUACCAGGUGGCGCUGAAGCUGGAAGCGUUCUACGCGAAGUUCGGACACCUGUUCAACAAAACCUGCGACAUACACCACUAA